AUGAGUUUCAAAGGGUUUACGAAGGCCAUUUCGAGGGCCCCACAAAAUUUCCGUCAGAAGUUUAAGAUGGGUGAGCAGACCACCGAUCCUGUUUAUGAAGAUGCUGAACGUCGUUUCAAAGAAUUAGAAGUAGAGACCAAAAAAUUGAGUGAGGAGUCCAAGAGAUAUUCUACUGCGGUCAACGGUAUGUUGAAUCAUCAGAUUGGGUUCGCCAAAGCCAUGGAGGAAAUUUUUAAGCCUAUUAGUGGUAAAGUUAGUGACCCUAAUGCGAUGGUUCCUGAGGAUAACCCCGAAGGUAUAGAAGCCAGUGAACAGUAUAGAGCCAUUGUUGCUGAGUUGCAAGAGACUUUAAAGCCUGAUCUUACUUUGAUUGAAGAUAAAGUUGUUCAACCAUGUCAAGAGCUGUUGAAGAUUAUCACGUACAUUAGAAAAAUGGCUACUAAGAGAAAUCACAAGAAACUGGAUCUUGAUAGACAUUUGAACACAUACAAUAAGUAUGAGAAGAAGAAGGAACCCACUGCCAAGGACGAAGAGAAAAUGUACAAGGCUCAAACACAAGUGGAAAUUGCACAACAAGAGUACGAUUACUACAAUGAAAUGUUAAAAACAGAAUUACCUAUUUUAUUCGAAUUGGAAGCUCAAUUUGUUCAACCUCUGUUUGUUUCAUUCUAUUACAUGCAAUUGAACAUCUUCUAUACCUUGUACAAUAAGCUCCAAGAUAUGAAGAUUGAAUAUUUUGACCUAAACAGUGAUAUUAUCGAGGCCUUUGUUGCCAAAAGAGGUAACAUUGAAGAACAAACAGAUUCUUUAACCAUCACACAUUUCAAAGUCGGCUACUCUAAGGCCAAGUUAGAAAUGACAAGAAGACGUUACGGUGCCGCUGGGACUUCACCAGGACCAACUGCCGGACAACCAGGCAGCCCAUACGGUGCAACGCCAGAACAACAAGCAGGAUAUGGAAAAGCCUACGAGGCAGGCUACGCACAAUCACCAACAAUGGGACAACAACCGGGCUACCCAACGCAACAACCGGCAUACGGUCAACCAGCCUACGGACAACCAGCUCUUGGGGCAACUCCCCAACAGACAGUGACGUCACCACCCCCAUACGCAGCAGCGGGAGCAACAGCAGCUGCUGCUCCUGGUAUGGAAACUGUCACUGCGUUGUACGAAUACCAAGCCCAAGCUGCUGGAGACUUAAGUUUCCCAGCAGGUGCGGUCAUCGAGAUUGUACAACGCACAGCAAAUGAAAACGAAUGGUGGACAGGCAGGUACAACGGCCAACAAGGUGUGUUCCCUGGCAACUAUGUCCAGCUCAACCAGUGA